CAGCUCAGCACCUCUCAACCCAACCUGAACACAUAAAUACAGAGAAAGAGACAGAUAUUGAAGUCAGAAGCGACACUGGGACUCCUCAGGAUGAUCAAACAACAUCCAGCUAUUGAUUUACACGUAACAUAAGUCGUAGUUCUGUGUUCGACCUGGUUUUCAUCUGAGCUUCUGAUUUUGGGUCUCAUUUUUACUCUCGAAUUUUAAUCGAAUGCGUGAUUGAAGAUGACCUCAAGAAGGAAAUUUGGAGUGAAGUCUGAGGUUUCUGAAGAGAAAGAGGAAUAUGUGACACCAAAUGGCUACGAGCUGGAGAAACACCUCACGCAUGGCAGCGUCACUUACACACACGUCAAUGAGGUCUGGCCCAACGUCUACAUAGGAAAUGAAGAGAUAGCAAAGGACCGAUACAAGCUGAAGACGAUGGGCGUCACGCACAUCCUGAACACUGCGGAGGGCGAGUGGAACAGUGUGGAUACCGGCGCUGAAUACUACAGAGACAUGGACGUGCAUUACCUCGGGAUCACGGCGGAGGACGUUCCCACAUUCAACCUCAGCCAGUACUUCUAUUCUGCUGCAGAACACAUCCACCAGACCCUCAGAAACCCCCAGAAUAAGCUUCUAAUUCACUGCGUGAUGGGCCGCAGUCGCUCCGCCACACUCUUCCUGGCCUUCUUGAUGAUCUACGAGAACAUGACGGUUGUAGACGCAAUCGACCACGUCAAACGCCGGCGCCGCAUCAUCCCGAACUGGGGCUUCCUGAAGCAGCUGAGAGAGCUGGACACACACCUGCUGGAGCAGAGAAGAGCUCAAAACACACGAGCGGACGAGAGCACAGAUACUUAAACAUGCCAACUGAAAACAUUUACAAAUAUUAGAUGAGACUAUUUCUGUUUGCAUUUUGUGAUGUACACAAUGGCACUGGUUGAGCAGCCAGUGAAGAGUGUUAAAGUUUUAAGUACAUUUUAGUUUAGUUUGAUUUUAUGCAAAUGAAAUGUGUAAGAGGGAAUGCUAAGAGAAAGCUUUUUCCAGGUAUUAGAGCUUCUUCCUAUCAAAUUAUGAGGAUACACACGCACACACACGCACGCACAAGGAUUACUACAGUUAACUAAA